AUCAUUUCUAUUAUUCUAUGACAUGUCAAUGGCUCAACAAGAACAAGUUGAUGUUUCACUGACCCUGUCAAAGCACAUUCUUUUAAACUAUGGCAAAGAUUCAAACCUCGUCUUCUCUCCAAUUUCCAUACAAGUUAUUCUUGGCUUGGUUGCAGCUGGUUCGAGCGGCCAAACCCUUGAUCAACUUCUCUCUUUUCUUAAAGCCAGAACUAUAGAUGAGCUUAACUAUCUUUAUUCAAGUAUCGUCGAUCGGGUUUUCGCCAAAGAUUCCUCCUCCAGUGGUCCUUGUUUGUCCUUAGCCAAUGGUGUUUGGCUUCAGAAGUCACUCACUCUCAAGCCUUCUUUCAAAGAGGUUGUUGAAACUGUGUACAAAGCGGCAUGUGGUCAGGUUGAUUUUCAAAGCAAGGAGGAAGAGGCGAGAAAUGUAGUGAAUUCCUGGGCUGAAAAGGAGACCAAGGGCCUUAUCAAAGAGCUAUUUCCUGCUGGAUCAUUUGAUAGCUUAACUAGGCUUGUUUUUGCCAACACCCUCUACUUCAAAGGAGCAUGGAGUUGCGAGUUUGAUGCAUCCAAAACAAAACACUUUGAUUUUCACCUCCUUAACGGUGACAGGGUUCAGGUUCCUUUUAUGUCCAGGAAUGAGGAGCGAUAUAUCAGUAAAUUCGAUGGAUUCAAAGUGUUGAAGCUUCCUUAUGGUAAUGGUGGGAUCCAAAGUUCGGACAAGCAUUCCUUUUCCAUGUACAUAUAUCUCCCAGAUGCGAAUGAUGGGCUGCCAGCACUGAUAGAGAAAGUUGGGUCAGAAUCUGGAUUCCUCGACAAAUAUAUUCCAUGGAUGGCAGCCAAUGGUGGGAACUUCUGGAUUCCAAAAUUUAAAUUUGAAUAUGCAAUUGAAGCGUCAGCGGCUUUACAGAGUCUUGGGCUGGUCUUGCCCUUUAAACCACGAGUUGGUUGCACCGAGAUGGUGUAUGAUCCUAGGCCUCUCCAUGUCUCAAAGAUAUUCCAGAAAUCCUUCAUUGAAGUUGAUGAAAGAGGCACCGAAGCUGCGGUUGCAACUGGUUCUGGUUUCAGGAGGUUAUGUUAUUAUGUUGUUGACUUUGUUGCAGACCACCCAUUCUUGUUCGUCAUCAGAGAGAAUAAUACUGGAAUUGUGCAGUUUAUUGGACAAGUGCUAAAUCCCUCAAUUAGUACUUGAACUGCUUGCUAGUCUCUUCUUGCUCGUGAACCUCCUUUCAGCGAUCUAGAUUAACUGGUGCAUGCAUGGUUAGCUGCUGCAGGAGUCUAUAGUAGUACUCUCAGUUGGCCUGCUUUCCUAUAAGUAUUAUUAUAAUGUUUGUGUCUAGCUUUUGUUGUCCUGGUUUAGUCUCUUUGUAUAGCCUGGAGUUAACCUCUUUUCAAGGGCUUAGUUUUCUCCUGGCUCCCUUCUGCUGUAUCCUAAUGUUAGAACUAUUUCUUUUAAAUUUUAAACUUAACUAAUUUAAUUUUUGAAUCAACUCUAUAAAUUUUCAAUAA